GAAAGGACAAGCUUGCAUGCUGUCGUUUUUGGUGCAAGAACACAACGCGUUUUAUGUCCGAUAUCUUCAUUGCGGGAUUUUUUUGUCGCGAGCAAUAUACGGUUUUUGCAGUGCUGUCACUAUGAUGUUCACACCUAGCACAUUUGGAAACACAGGCUCGGGGUUUGGUGGUUUUGGAUUAACCUCCACAACUCCAGCUUCAGCAAACCCUAUGAAGGAUUUUGAGGUUGUGAAUCCUCCAGAUGACUCAAUCCAAUGCAUGGCUUUUUCUCCAGCUUCAAUAUCUCAAGACUUCUUAGUAGCUGGUAGCUGGGACAAUAAUGUCAGAUGCUGGGAAGUUCAAAGAGACGGGAAAACCGUUGGCAAAGCACAGCAGACAAUGGGUGGCCCAGUGUUAGAUGUUGCUUGGCAUGAUGAUGGAAGUAAGGUUUUCAUGGCAAGUGCAGAUAAAACAGUCAAUUGCUGGGACCUUGGCAGUAACCAAAAAGUCCAAGUUGCUCAGCAUGAAGCUCCUGUCAAGACAGUACACUGGAUCAAAGCCCCAACAUAUUCUUGUAUGAUGACAGGCUCAUGGGAUAAGACACUGAAAUUCUGGGAUUUACGGAACCCACAGCCCAUCAUGACCAUAAAUUUACCUGAGCGAUGCUACUGUGCUGAUGUUGAAUACCCAAUGGCAGUUGUAGGAACUGCCAACAGGCACCUAAUUGUUUACCAGCUUGAGGGACAGCCACAAGAAUUCAAGCAGAUUGAAUCCCCACUCAAAUAUCAGGUAUGAGGAAAUAUUUUGUUA